GCCUUAGGUAUCGAAAAUCAAUGGGAGUCAAUUACUAAGAGAGUGAAAUUUUUGUACUCACAGUUUAAUGUUAGUCUAGCGCGAUGGAGCGAGACGCGCAGGCAUUGAUGCGAGAGCUGGGCCUCACCAAUCAAGACAUUGUCUUCUUCGGAGACAUAGACGUGAGAACAACUCCCGAAAUCGGUCGUGGAUCAGAUGCAUCGGUGUAUCGAGUGAACUGGCAGGGAAUAGAUAUCGCCUUGAAAGUCCUGCAUCCCAUUUUGAUUGAGCCUGGUAAUCAAGACCGCGAGAGGAAAAUCCGUUCAUUCGGCCAAGAGAUAUUUCGUCUCAGUCGCAUCCACCACCCUAAUCUCUGCCAAUUGCUGGGCAUUGCACGAGUUGGGCAAAACGCUGCUCUAGCGUUGGAGUUGCUGACUUCGACAUUGCAAGAGUUGAGUGUUGGUGAGGGUCGUGAGGAUGGCUUGAAGCUGAUCGGCUACCUCUGCGACACGUCGGCUGGUAUCAGAUACUUGCACGUUUGUGGUAUUCUCCACCGCGACCUCGCACCGAAAAAUGUGAUGAUCAAGAACGGAGUCGCGAAGGUAUGCGAUUUUGGUAUGGCGAAAUUCCUACGUUGGGAAUUCCCUCAUCACCAGCAGCAACAGGCGGCUCGAAUGGACAUGACCCGUUGCCCCGGAACGUUAGUGUUUAUGUCACCGGAGGCCCUGGUCGAGCAACCAGACUAUGAUCGUCCACUGGAUAUCUUCUCAUUCGGAGUUACGCUACUGGCUGUUAUCACUGGUGUUAUGCCUGGGAUCGACCUGAUCAACGCUCCGUCCGUUGUAAUCGUGCGCGACGCCGCCAGUGGACGGGAAACGACGCAGGUGGUGGCGGAGACAAGACGGCGUGCUGCGUAUCUUCGGCGACUCUCUGAUGACCACCCACUGAAGCCGAUGGCAAUUCGCUGCCACUCCAAUGAACCCAGCGAGCGUCCGACUGCAGAGGACGUACACGAGGAGAUGAAGCGAGUGUUGCAGCUCUUCGCAGGUCUUUCGUCGCCUCAUCUUCCCAAUGUACCACCCGCUGUUGUACGUCGACUGGACUCUAUCUCUGAGCAGCUAACCCAGCAAGCUACGUCUAUCACGUCACUCGCCACACGGAGUGAUGCACUAGAGGAACAGCUUGCAGCAGUCAUUACACAAAACCAGACCACGGCACAGCAGCUACCAGCUAUCCAACAAGAAGUAUCCAGCAUACGCAAUGAACAAACCACCACAAACAACCAAAUCGAAUCUUUGGCCGAACAGCUCAGGGAUACGAACCAUCGCCUUGCACAACAGACUGCAGCACUAUCUAGCCAGCACACAGAGACUUCUGACCAAAUCUCUGCAUUGAACGACAACGUGUUGUCUAUCUCUGGCCAACUGUCAAGACUGUCCUCUCCACCCCGUCAGGUAUCUACUUCAAGACCUUUAGCUGCACAAGAAGAACUGUCAAAUGAUGCUCCUCCCAUGGAAUGUUUCAGUCCUCCACUAGCGGGAGUAUCUACUUCAAGACCUUUAGCUGCACAAGGAGAACUGUCAAAUGCUCCUCCUCCCAUGGCUUGUUUCAGUCCUCCACUAGCGGGAGUAUCUACUUCAAGACCUUUAGCUGCACAAGGAGAACUGUCAAAUGCUCCUCCUCCCAUGGCUUGUUUCAGUCCUCCACUAGCGGGAGUAUCUACUUCAAGACCUUUAGCUGCACAAGGAGAACUGUCAAAUGCUCCUCCUCCCAUGGCUUGUUUCAGUCCUCCACUAGCGGGAGUAUCUACUUCAAGACCUUUAGCUGCACAAGGAGAACUGUCAAAUGCUGCUCCUCCCAUGGGUUGUUUCAGUCCUCCACUAGCGGGAGUAUCUACUUCAAGACCUUUAGCUGCACAAGGAGAACUGUCAAAUGCUGCUCCUCCCAUGGGUUGUUUCAGUCCUCCACUAGCGGGAGUAUCUACUUCAAGACCUUUAGCUGCACAAGGAGAACUGUCAAAUGCUGCUCCUCCCAUGGGUUGUUUCAGUCCUCCACUAGCGGGAGUAUCUACUUCAAGACCUUUAGCUGCACAAGGAGAACUGUCAAAUGCUGCUCCUCCCAUGGCCUGUUUCAGUCCUCCACUAGCGGGAGUACCUACUUCAAGACCUUUAGCUGCACAAGGAGAACUGUCAAAUGCUGAUCCUCCCAUGGGUUGUUCCAGUGCACCAAGAAUGGUAGCGUAUUUCCCCCCAGCUACUUCAAGACAUGUAGAUGUACGAGACGGAUGGAGGUUUCCUGUUACUCACCCGGUUACUGUCCCUGCUCCAACAAUGAGACCAGCUACUUCAAGACAUGCAGCAGCUGUACAUGAAGAAUGGGUGGGUGAUCCUGUUACUCCCACGGUUAGGGCCCCUGCUCUAGCAACGAGACUAGCUACUUCAAGACAUGCAGCAGCUGUACAUGAAGAAUUGGCGGGUGAUCCUGUUACUCCCCCGACCUACUGCAAGGUGAAUGACCACGUGGCCGCUAACCAGAAUACGUAUCCGGACCAAACCGUAGAAAUGGUAACCACGGCAGCUUACGCCACGUCAACAGGCUAUGGAGAGAGGCGCAUAGUGGAUAUCAAACGUGGCGACAGCGGCUAUGGUUUUAACAUCGUGGGUGGAAAUAAAGUGGGAAUGCCAGUCUAUGUUUCAAGAAUACUCCCUGGUGGAGUGGCUGCUAGACAAGGUCAGCUGAAGAAGGGAGAUCAGAUUCUCUCGAUCAACGGACAGGCGAUUCGCGGAAUGUCUCAUGAAGAUAUGGUUCGCACAAUGACGCAUUCACAGUCGUCUCUGAGAAUUGUCGUUAGCUACGCACCACACUUAUUGGACAGAAUAUUGAAGACGCUUGAGACACAGUGACGCAUAUCUGCCAAGCGCCACCAGGAGAGGAGAAUGUCCUCGGCAUCUGGGGGACAAUAGAAUGUCCUUGGUAUCCGGGGGAUAAUAGCUUCUGGCAAGUGUUCAGUUCACUGCAGCUCCGACGUUACUUUCUGAAGUGCAACGGAGCAUGUAUGACAGACUGGCUGGUGGUUUUGUGCGUGCGAGUGUGUGUGUGUGUGUGUGUGUGUGUGCGCGUGCGUGUGUGUGUGUGUGUGUGAGAGAGAGAGUGCACUUUAGUGUGUGCGCACGUGUGUAUGUGCGUGUGCGACCGCACGAGUGCGUGUGUGUGCGGCGUAUGUAUGUGUGUGUGUGUGUGUGUGUGUGUGUGUGUGUGUGUGUGUGUGUGCACAUCGCAUUAGUUUUUGCUUUUACUAUUUUCCACGUAUUGGUUCAUGACAUGCUGUUCCUGUAGGUCGCCAUGGUAAUGCUUGCAGGGCUAUCUGCAUACACUCUUAAUAGUGAGGUUUUGCAUUCCGAAUUUCGGUACAGCGUUCUUCGGUCAUUUGUCGAACAUCAAAAUGCCGAAUUUUCGCACCAACGUUUGUUUUGCAAGUCGAAAAUGAUGUGUUUUCAUUUCGUGAGCCCCAGCAGCAGCAACGUCCUGUCCCGUGCUCCUUUUCUUGCUGAUUCCUACGAACUUUGAUCGCCCAAAGAGUCGAGGGCCAAACCUGCCUCCUCAGUCGCCUCAGAAAAACCAACUCCAUGGCCAAGUCAAACUUCAUGCGUGUCGCCAUAGUCUUUUCAGCCACACAGAUGACGGUGACCGGUGAGGACACUCCAGGCGAAAGAGAGUAGACAGGCAGUGGAGAGGAGCAAUCAGAGGUAGCUGACGAUGCUAUGUCGCGAAAGACGCCUGCCAAGCGAUGCCGAGAUAAGAAACCGCUUUGAAUAAAUCAUGCGCUAGCGCGCUCUUCUACAAGAAAAUGCAUCCGAAAAAUAUUUUCGACAAAGUGAGCUUUUUCCGAACAAACACGCCGAAUCUUCGUGUGCAUUUUCGACCUCGCUCCCGCGUGCCGAAUCUUUUUGCCGAAUUUCGGAAUGCAAAACCUCGCUAAUACCUAGAUGUGAACUCAUGUAAAUGGUAUAAUUAUUAUUGACUCAAUCUACGGACAGUGCUCAAUCUACGGACAGUGUCCAAUCUACGGACAGUGUCCAAUCUACGGACAGUGUCCAAUCUACGGACAGUGUCCAAUCUACGGACAGUGCUGAAUCUACGGACAGUGCUCAAUCUACGGACAGUGCUCAUACUCUUCUGCAUCACUACAGUCAUGUACAUGUACAACUCCAUACUGGAUAGGGUUUUUUUAAAGAGUUCCAUGUGACAUAAUGUUACGUUUUGCUAUUUUAGCGUAUGACCACUGACAAGUCAUAACCAUAAUAUUCCACCAUUGCUGCCGGAGUAGCGGCACAUCCCGUCAUGUAUCCACUGCUACGAAUGUUAUUGGCUGCAUUUGUGCAUUACAGCUAAUAAGGCGAGACCAAAAUAAAAUCGAGAUUCCCGGGCAGGACCCAUGUGAAAUUGGUGCGGGUGGGCGAAUUAUUAUUAUUUUUCCUAUGACUGUGUGUAUGCGCAUAUGCGCAUGC